GACCCUUCUUGGAUCCCCGCUGGGGUUGCAGAAACGCCUCUCUUGACCUUGCUCCUGGAGCACCGUUGCCUGGAGUUCAACCCUAACACCAGGGCCAAGUCCGAGGCCCUGGCGACCCCCCAAGUCUGGGUCCGUCGGGCCAAUUUACCGGCCGGAACCUACCCGCCGUUGCCAUGGCAUGCAGUUUGCAGAAGCUAUUUGCUGUGGAAGAGGAGUUUGAAGAUGAGGAUUUCUUAUCUGCUGUGGAAGAUGCAGAAAACCAGUUUGCUGGCUCACUGCCUGUGAAUGCUGGGCUCCUGAGAGCUGUCUCUUCUAGGCCACGGGAGACUGUGCAGGCGCAGUCCUCAAGGCCGCUGCCAUUACACUCCAGUGUUCUUUCAGAAGGUUUGGGCCUGCCAGCCCUGGGACCCUGCCUCCCUGUUUCCAGCAUGACCAAGGCCAUCAGCCACCCACCUUGCACAGGAAUAGCCCCUCUAAGGCCUGUCUCCACUUCCAGCAGCUGGACCGGCAUUCAGAGAGGAGCAACACUGACAGAGGUGCUCAGAGAGCCAGCGAGGCCCCAGUCCUCAGUACCACACCCCCUAGUCACCUUUGAGAGUCAACAACAGUGGAUUGGUGGCUUUGAGGGGCCUGAACAAGAUGAAUUUGAUAAGGUCCUGGCAAGCAUGGAGCUGGAUGGGCCAGAUACGGAACUGGAACUUGGAGUUAACAAUGAGGCCACUCAAACCCUGCCUGCCCAGCAGCAGCAGGAGAAUCCAACUUUGGCUAAAAAAGCCCAGGUAGUUGAUCUGAGCGGAUCUUGCUGGAGGGGCCCCAUGCCUGCCACUCACAUAGCAGGUAUUAUGUCAGCCCAGGAUAAGCCUCUAGGUCCUAAUGUCCACUAUGGGACUCCACAGCCCUGCUUGAGACCAGGUGUUAUGGGUAACCUUCCUGACCCAACUUCCUCAACCGUUCCCUCUCAACAACCCCACUGGGAAGGAUGUCCACAAGGUCCCCCUAUACGAGCACCCCAGCCUCUUCAAGUUGUUGGAGGGCCUAUUCAGAGCAGCCCUCAAAAUCAGUUACCUAGUAGGCCAUUUCAUUCUCCAAGUGUCUGGUCAAGCGGCUCAUCUCAUUUUCCCAGACCUCAAACCUCAAACUCCAGCUGUUCUACUACUUCAAGGACUAGUUCUGGGUUACUUCUUCCGAGGCACUUACAACUCGGAGCUCUAGUGUCUUCUGUUAAGUCUCCUCUUGGCACCACAAAAGGUCUCCAUUCCUCCCUGGUACCCCAAGGAGCUCUGCAGGCACCCAUGGUCACCAACCACCUGGUGCAGCUGGUCUCUGCUGCCAAUCGGACACCCCAGCAGACCACCCAUCCCUCCACCCGAGCCAAAGCACGACGCUUCCCUGGCCCAGCAGGGAUCCUGCCUCACCAGCAUAGUGGAAAUAAUCUAGAGGCGAUCAUGGUUUCCACACCCCAGACUCCGACUCAUGGUGCUUUGGCUAAGUUCCGGACAGAGAUUGUUGCUAGUUCCCAGGCAUCAGUGGAGGAGGAUUUUGGGCGAGGGCCCUGGCUGACCAUGAAAUCUGCCCUGGGCGUGGAUGAGAAAGAUCCCACCUGCUUCCUCUGUACCUAUAGCAUUGUUAUGGUGCUGCGGAAGGCAGCCCUGAAGCAGCUUCCUAGAAACAAGGUCCCCAACAUGGCGGUGAUGAUCAAGUCUCUGACUCGGAGCACGAUGGAUGCCAGUGUGGUUUUCAAGGACCCUACCGGAGAAAUGCAGGGGACAUUGCACAGAUUGCUGCUGGAAACACGCCAGAACGAGCUGAAGCCUGGCUCAGUGCUGCUGCUGAAGCAGAUUGGUGUGUUUUCUCCUUCGCUCCGAAAUCACUACCUCAAUGUGACGCCCAACAACCUGGUCCACAUUUACAGCCCAGAUUCUGAGGAUGGGAACUACAAGCCAUCUCAGCCCUACCCCAAGGAUUCAGGAAGCUUCCAUGACAGCCUCCAGCACGAUGUGGCUACAAAGCCUGGGAAAAGCCUCAGAACAGCACAGAACCCAGAGGCAGGAGAAGAACUCCCAGAAGCAGAUGACCUGGAUGGACUCCUGAGUGAGCUCCCUGAGGACUUCUUCUGUGGAACCAACAGUUGGAACUGCCCCAAGGCAGGACAUCCACAGUAACCAGGCAGCCUCUGGGUGUGCCUGAUCAUAUCCAAGGGAGAAAAGAAGACCAGCAUGCCUGGAGAUUAGACAAAGCUCAGGGCUUCUGUGCUCACUCCCACCCUGGAUGGUUUCCCUGAGAACUUCCUCUGUGUAUUAUUCCUUUUUUUCCUGCCAACAGGAAAGAUGCGUCACCUUCAGUGUCACUCUCCUGCCUUAGUUUAACUUUAGAGGUAUCUGACCUGGCUUCCUUGUCCCUUUACUCUUUAAUUCUCAGUCAGCAGCAGAGCCAUACCACAGCAAUGGCAACCUGCCCCUCUAGACAGGGAAGCAACAUACUCAGAUUACCCUCUGCUUUGUCUCUUUAGACCUGUGGCUUCCCAGCUCACCUUUGCC